AUGCGCGAUCAAGCUGUGUUGACGAAGUGGAGAAGACGUGAUGGAAAGGUUGAUGAAUUGGCCCACACCCCCGCGGCCCGCGCGCCCCGGCCCCGUCGGCCCGCGCGCCCCGGCCCCGGCCCCAGCCCCGUCGGCCGCGGGCCCCGGCCCCGGCCCCGUCGGCCCGCGGCCCGCGCGCCGCGCGCCCCGGCCCCGUCGGCCCGCGGCCCGCGCGCCCCGGCCCCGUCGGCCCGCGGCCCUCGGCCCGCGCGCCCCGGCCCCGGCCCCGUCCCCGGCCCCGUCGGCCCGCGCGCCCCGGCCCCGGCCCCGUCCCCGGCCCCGUCGGCCCGCGGCCCGCGCGCCCCGGCCCCGGCCCCGUCGGCCCGCGGCCCGCGGCCCGCGCGCCGCGGCCCCGGCCCCGUCGGCCCGCGGCCCGCUGCCCGCGCGCCCCGGCCCCGGCCCCGGCCCUGGCCCCGGCCCCGUCGGCCCGCGCGCUCCGGCCCCGGCCCCGUCGAUCCCGCGCGCCCCGGCCCCGGCCCCGGCCCCGUCGGCCCGCGGCCCGCGGCCCGCGCGCCCAGGCCCCGGCCCCGUCGGCCCGCGGCCCGCGCGCCCCGGCACUGUCGGCCCGCGGCCCGCGCGCCCCGGCCCCGGCCCCGGCCCCGGCCCCGGCCCCGUCGGCCCGCGCGCCCCGGCCCCGGCCCCGUCGGCCCGCGGCCCGACGUCGGCCCGCGGCCCGCGCGCCCCGGCCCCGGCCCCGUCGGCCCGCGGCCCGACGUCGGCCCGCGGCCCGCGCGCCCCGGCCCCGGCCCCGUCGGCCCGCGGCCCGACGUCGGCCCGCGGCCCGCGCGCCCCGGCCCCGGCCCCGUCGGCCCGCGGCCCGACGUCGGCCCGCGGCCCGCGCGCCCCGGCCCCGGCCCCGUCGGCCCGCGGCCCGACGUCGGCCCGCGGCCCGCGCGCCCCGGCCCCGGCCCCGUCGGCCCGCGGCCCGACGUCGGCCCGCGGCCCGCGCGCCCCGGCCCCGGCCCCGUCGGCCCGCGGCCCGACGUCGGCCCGCGGCCCGCGCGCCCCGGCCCCGGCCCCGUCGGCCCGCGGCCCGACGUCGGCCCGCGGCCCGCGCGCCCCGGCCCCGGCCCCGUCGGCCCGCGGCCCGACGUCGGCCCGCGGCCCGCGCGCCCCGGCCCCGGCCCCGUCGGCCCGCGGCCCGCGCGCCCCGGCCCCGGCCCCGUCGGCCCGCGGCCCGACGUCGGCCCGCGGCCCGCGCGCCCCGGCCCCGGCCCCGUCGGCCCGCGGCCCGACGUCGGCCCGCGGCCCGCGCGCCCCGGCCCCGGCCCCGUCGGCCCGCGGCCCGACGUCGGCCCGCGGCCCGCGCGCCCCGGCCCCGGCCCCGUCGGCCCGCGGCCCGACGUCGGCCCGCGGCCCGCGCGCCCCGGCCCCGGCCCCGUCGGCCCGCGGCCCGACGUCGGCCCGCGGCCCGCGCGCCCCGGCCCCGGCCCCGGCCCCGUCGGCCCGCGGCCCGACGUCGGCCCGCGGCCCGCGCGCCCCGGCCCCGGCCCCGUCGGCCCGCGGCCCGACGUCGGCCCGCGGCCCGCGCGCCCCGGCCCCGGCCCCGUCGGCCCGCGGCCCGACGUCGGCCCGCGGCCCGCGCGCCCCGGCCCCGGCCCCGUCGGCCCGCGGCCCGACGUCGGCCCGCGGCCCGCGCGCCCCGGCCCCGGCCCCGUCGGCCCGCGGCCCGACGUCGGCCCGCGGCCCGCGCGCCCCGGCCCCGGCCCCGUCGGCCCGCGGCCCGACGUCGGCCCGCGGCCCGCGCGCCCCGGCCCCGGCCCCGUCGGCCCGCGGCCCGACGUCGGCCCGCGGCCCGCGCGCCCCGGCCCCGGCCCCGUCGGCCCGCGGCCCGACGUCGGCCCGCGGCCCGCGCGCCCCGGCCCCGGCCCCGUCGGCCCGCGGCCCGACGUCGGCCCGCGGCCCGCGCGCCCCGGCCCCGGCCCCGUCGGCCCGCGGCCCGACGUCGGCCCGCGGCCCGCGCGCCCCGGCCCCGGCCCCGUCGGCCCGCGGCCCGACGUCGGCCCGCGGCCCGCGCGCCCCGGCCCCGGCCCCGUCGGCCCGCGGCCCGACGUCGGCCCGCGGCCCGCGCGCCCCGGCCCCGGCCCCGUCGGCCCGCGGCCCGACGUCGGCCCGCGGCCCGCGCGCCCCGGCCCCGGCCCCGUCGGCCCGCGGCCCGACGUCGGCCCGCGGCCCGCGCGCCCCGGCCCCGGCCCCGUCGGCCCGCGGCCCGACGUCGGCCCGCGGCCCGCGCGCCCCGGCCCCGGCCCCGUCGGCCCGCGGCCCGACGUCGGCCCGCGGCCCGCGCGCCCCGGCCCCGGCCCCGUCGGCCCGCGGCCCGACGUCGGCCCGCGGCCCGCGCGCCCCGGCCCCGGCCCCGUCGGCCCGCGGCCCGACGUCGGCCCGCGGCCCGCGCGCCCCGGCCCCGGCCCCGUCGGCCCGCGGCCCGACGUCGGCCCGCGGCCCGCGCGCCCCGGCCCCGGCCCCGUCGGCCCGCGGCCCGACGUCGGCCCGCGGCCCGCGCGCCCCGGCCCCGGCCCCGUCGGCCCGCGGCCCGACGUCGGCCCGCGGCCCGACGUCGGCCCGCGGCCCGCGCGCCCCGGCCCCGGCCCCGUCGGCCCGCGGCCCGACGUCGGCCCGCGGCCCGACGUCGGCCCGCGGCCCGCGCGCCCCGGCCCCGGCCCCGUCGGCCCGCGGCCCGACGUCGGCCCGCGGCCCGACGUCGGCCCGCGGCCCGCGCGCCCCGGCCCCGGCCCCGUCGGCCCGCGGCCCGACGUCGGCCCGCGGCCCGACGUCGGCCCGCGGCCCGCGCGCCCCGGCCCCGGCCCCGUCGGCCCGCGGCCCGACGUCGGCCCGCGGCCCGACGUCGGCCCGCGGCCCGCGCGCCCCGGCCCCGGCCCCGUCGGCCCGCGGCCCGACGUCGGCCCGCGGCCCGCGCGCCCCGGCCCCGGCCCCGUCGGCCCGCGGCCCGACGUCGGCCCGCGGCCCGCGCGCCCCGGCCCCGGCCCCGUCGGCCCGCGGCCCGACGUCGGCCCGCGGCCCGACGUCGGCCCGCGGCCCGCGCGCCCCGGCCCCGGCCCCGUCGGCCCGCGGCCCGACGUCGGCCCGCGGCCCGACGUCGGCCCGCGGCCCGCGCGCCCCGGCCCCGGCCCCGUCGGCCCGCGGCCCGACGUCGGCCCGCGGCCCGACGUCGGCCCGCGGCCCGCGCGCCCCGGCCCCGGCCCCGUCGGCCCGCGGCCCGACGUCGGCCCGCGGCCCGACGUCGGCCCGCGGCCCGCGCGCCCCGGCCCCGGCCCCGUCGGCCCGCGGCCCGACGUCGGCCCGCGGCCCGACGUCGGCCCGCGGCCCGCGCGCCCCGGCCCCGGCCCCGUCGGCCCGCGGCCCGACGUCGGCCCGCGGCCCGACGUCGGCCCGCGGCCCGCGCGCCCCGGCGGCCCGCGGCCCGACGUCGGCCCGCGGCCCGACGUCGGCCCGCGGCCCGCGCGCCCCGGCCCCGGCCCCGUCGGCCCGCGGCCCGACGUCGGCCCGCGGCCCGACGUCGGCCCGCGGCCCGCGCGCCCCGGCCCCGGCCCCGUCGGCCCGCGGCCCGACGUCGGCCCGCGGCCCGACGUCGGCCCGCGGCCCGCGCGCCCCGGCCCCGGCCCCGUCGGCCCGCGGCCCGACGUCGGCCCGCGGCCCGACGUCGGCCCGCGGCCCGCGCGCCCCGGCCCCGGCCCCGUCGGCCCGCGGCCCGACGUCGGCCCGCGGCCCGACGUCGGCCCGCGGCCCGCGCGCCCCGGCCCCGGCCCCGUCGGCCCGCGGCCCGACGUCGGCCCGCGGCCCGCGCGCCCCGGCCCCGGCCCCGUCGGCCCGCGGCCCGACGUCGGCCCGCGGCCCGCGCGCCCCGGCCCCGGCCCCGUCGGCCCGCGGCCCGACGUCGGCCCGCGGCCCGCGCGCCCCGGCCCCGGCCCCGUCGGCCCGCGGCCCGACGUCGGCCCGCGGCCCGCGCGCCCCGGCCCCGGCCCCGUCGGCCCGCGGCCCGACGUCGGCCCGCGGCCCGCGCGCCCCGGCCCCGGCCCCGUCGGCCCGCGGCCCGACGUCGGCCCGCGGCCCGCGCGCCCCGGCCCCGGCCCCGUCGGCCCGCGGCCCGACGUCGGCCCGCGGCCCGCGCGCCCCGGCCCCGGCCCCGUCGGCCCGCGGCCCGACGUCGGCCCGCGGCCCGCGCGCCCCGGCCCCGGCCCCGUCGGCCCGCGGCCCGACGUCGGCCCGCGGCCCGCGCGCCCCGGCCCCGGCCCCGUCGGCCCGCGGCCCGACGUCGGCCCGCGGCCCGCGCGCCCCGGCCCCGGCCCCGUCGGCCCGCGGCCCGACGUCGGCCCGCGGCCCGCGCGCCCCGGCCCCGGCCCCGUCGGCCCGCGGCCCCGUCGGCCCGCGGCCCGCGCGCCCCGGCCCCGGCGGCCCGCGGCCCCGUCGGCCCGCGGCCCCGUCGGCCCGCGGCCCGCGCGCCCCGGCCCCGGCGGCCCGCGGCCCCGUCGGCCCGCGGCCCCGUCGGCCGUUUCUACGGGUUUUGGGCACUGA